AUGCAGUCUUUGGCUGAUCCGGCCAAGGCUGCAUGCGCUGGGUCUGGCGAUGGCAAGUCCAAAUGGAUGCGGCUGUCAAGCAAAUGGACAGCUGAAUUUCUGUUGGAUCCUGCAUGCCCAGAGGAUGAACGUGAAAGUUUUCUCGCCCUUGUUUCCAAAACUCGCACUAAAUUACUGAAAGCAUUUCCGCUGCAUGAAGUGCCAGACACAGUGGAAAAUUGCAGAAAUGCGUUCUUGUGGAUGCGGCAGCACUUGCAUGGCACCGGCGUUGCCAAAUGUUUGCGGGACCUGGAGAUAGCCUUGGACAUUUUGACGGCAAUCAACUUGACAGACUUAGAUGCAGCCCCAGACCGUCGCAUUGUCACAGGGUUGCCGCUGCGAAUGCAAGGCGUUAAAUGCGGUCUCACCAACAAUACCAAGCAAGAGUUUCUUCAUGCUGAAGAGCUCAUGGCACUUUUCGUGCAAGUGAGCCAAGCAGGGGUUCACUUGGACAUGGGCACCUGGUUUGAUUCCCCACCUGCCAGGAGCAUCGCCGUCGUUGGCGAUGCUCCUAAGGAGCAUCGCCGUCGUUAUAGCGAUGCUCCUAAGGCUCUCUCCAAAAACUUCUUGCCCAGGCUUUCGGACGAAUGGACAUUGAAAUGGUCUCAGAAAAAGGACCUCUAUGGUAAGAAGCACCUCAUCUCUGGUUGGACGAAUAUGGACGACAAGCCCAAGGUCACUGACCGUGCGAAGGACGCGCCAGAGCCAGUGUGCUUCUUCAGCCCUCCCAUUGAGCUGAUGGAAGAGCUGUUGCACACAUUCUUUGGGAAGAUGGAUGUGGAUCUGAGGGCAGCAGAUGGCAAACUAGCUUUUGCUUGUUUGCAGAACAGAGUGGCCUACCUUGGUGUCACCUACAACGAGGUCCACAGCAAGCUGUUGGAGGGACUUGACCUGAUGCAAACCAGCAUGGCAUACCCGUCGAGCCCUUUGUUCAACAACAACUAUGCGCAAGCCAUCGGCGUCCCCAAGCCGAAAGCCAAGGCGACUGAGGAGCCUCCGCCUAAAAAAAUAAAAACAAACCAGGAUGGCAAUGGCGAUGACAACAAUGAAGGAGACGAAGAGGAGGAUGACGUUUGGGACCCGCUG